CGGUCAACGCCAGGCGUUCACCGUGGCCCAAAAUAGCGCGGAUCUUCUCAGGCUAAUCUUCAUACUGCAAUCGCCCGCGAGCUCCACACUCAGAACUCAAGAUGCAGUUGCUCUCGGUGCUUUUGAGCCUCACUGCCAUGACAUCGGUCGCCCAAGGGCGGGGACUGCGCCAGGACGCGGCCGCCGAGUGCGUCUCGCGCUGCCAGCGCGCCGCGGCCUCGGAGCGCGAGGUGUUUUGCACCUCGUACCGCAACCAAGUCCCGCGCCCGACGCUCUUCAACCGCUGCGUUGACGCCUUCGGCAACGCGAUCACCGUUGGGUGCGACCUCUGCUACAAUCCGUCCACGUACCUCGAGUUGCGCAGCAACGCGUUCCACUACUGCGACAAGUGGGGCCGCGGCCACCCCCAUUCGUACAAGGCGGCGUGCGAGGCGUCGUACCUGCACGCAGUCAACUCGAUCGAAGAGUACCUCAACAAAAAUGGAUUUCUCUCCCUCGAGUCGCUGCAAAUCAUGCCCACCGAGCGCCAGCUCGACGCGGAUGUCGAGUCGGCCGAGUCGAUCGUCGAGCGCCAUCUCCGGGAAGCGCGUGCUGAAGCCCGGGAGGAAGCUGCUCUCCAAGAUCGGUUCGAUCGCCACCUGUGAGCACGACCCGAGCGACAUACUAGAAGGACGAAGCCCCGAAGGCAUAGGAUAAUAGGAAUAAAAUCUAUAUUUUGUAGUCAA